AUGAGGGGCAGAGGUAUGAAGUCACUUUUUUCACCCUUCACUCUUUUGUGUUUGGGGAGCAUUCUGAUGACUGCGGUCUGGUACGUGUUCGACAACAAUGGUGAUUUGACCCCACCUUUACCGGUCCAUCAGAAGAAAAGUACCCUUAAGACCUUUAACCUCUGCAAAGAAUGCAAGGAAAUCAUUGGAAAAGUAAUGCAGAAUUACUCUCAAAACUGGCACAAGCAGGAAGAUGAUUACCAAAAACUCAGAUCUCAGCUGAGGGCCAAGUGUAAUGGUUUUGACAAGGCCAUCAUUACCCAGGAAUACUCGCCAGUGGGAUCAAAGCUUGUUUAUGACUGGCGAAAGAAGACCAUCAAAGUUGAUCCUAAGCUUUUCAGCACUUUUAUAAAGGAGCAUCCUUUCUCAAACAGAACAUGGGACACAUGUGCUGUUGUUGGAAAUGGAGGCAUCCUGGCCAACAGUGGCUGUGGACGGAUGAUUGAUUCAGCUCAGUUUGUAUUCAGGUGCAACCUUCCUCCUUUGAAAAAUGGUUAUGAGAAACAUGUGGGCACUAAGACGGACCUUGUGACGGCAAACCCAAGCAUCCUGAUAGAGAAGUUUGCAUCUCUGAUGGAUCGUCGUCGUCCAUUUGUGGAGAGUUUGCGCACUUACAGCAACUCCUUACUCCUCCUUCCUGCUUUCUCCUUUGACGACAACACUCCUGUAUGUCUUCGAGUCGCUUACACAGUUGAGGACUUUGGAAGCCCCAUCAGACCUGUCUAUUUUAAUCCUGAGUACAUCAUCAAUUUGCAUGCUUUCUGGUACGCACAAGGCCUGCAACCGAACAGGAUGAGCACCGGUUUGAUAAUGGUGAGCCUGGCACUUGAGGUCUGUGAAAAUGUUCAUGUUUACGGGUUCUGGCCCUUUAUUAAUCAUCCCUAUGGAUUCUACGACCUGACACACCACUACUAUGAUGACGUAAAAGCUGAAAAAGGAGUACACGCCAUGCCAGCUGAAUUUGAACUCUUAAUGAAGCUGCACAAUCAGGGGGUUCUGAAACUUCACCUGGGAGACUGCUGA